AUGUCCACGUACACCAUUCCCAACCUGCCUCGCAUCUCGCGCGAAGAGCUCGCCACACUACUCAAGUCGAAAACUCCAAAUUUGACCAUUGUCGACGUCCGCGACAAUGACUAUAUUGGCGGGCACAUUCUCGGCUGCAAACACGUUCCAGUGAACGAGCACGAUUAUCGCAUGCCAGAAUUGAUCCGCACGCUCAAGGACGAGGAGACUGUGGUUUUUCACUGUACAUUAUCUCAGCAGAGAGGUCCAUCCAGUGCGUUGAGAUAUCUGAGGGAACGUGAUGCUGUGCUGGGAGACCUCAAGAAGCAGGACGGGAAGCAGAAAGUCUAUGUUUUGGAAGGAGGAUUCCAAAAGUGGCAGGAGAAAUACGGAGAGGACAAGGAGCUCACAGAGGGUUACGAAAAGGAUCUGUGGGAGUGA